CUAUACCUCAAGGUCAGAAGAAAGUGCCGCGGUCAAUUUGGUACUGGCGCUUCACCUGUUAUUGUUUAGAUAUGUCAACUCUUUUUUUCCUGCAACUUCCAACAAACUAAUAUGCAUAGCUGAAUAAAGCACUACAAAGUUUCAUAGAAAAAUAAAUAAGUAAAUAACUAAUGGAAACAUCUGAACCAAGUUGUAUGGUUUUAUCCAGUGAAUAUGAAGAAAAUGUCAAUCGAAAAUCACCAUGUUCAGCAAAUUGUUGUAAUAGCAUCAAAGACUCUGACGUAUUACAACAUUCAAAUGAAAAUGAAUUAUCGGAUCAUUAUGCAGAAAUCUACUCACCUGCUGACAGUCUUUCUAGUUCAGAGUCAGUUGAAAUCCCCUGUGAUAUACCUGAUGGUCCUAUGUAUCAUGAUCUUGCUGCUUAUAUAAAUUCAGUUGUUGUAGCUAGUACAAAACAAUCAUCGUCAUCAACCUCAUCAAAUCAUAUGGAUUCCAAAUUACAAGUGUAUCCGAAUGCAAGUGAUGCUAAUGAGCUUCAGUCAUACCCUGAGAUUGUAUCAGACACACCUGCAAACAUUGAUACAACAGAUGCAACAAAUAACAGGACGCAAAUAAGUCAGAAUGACACUGAUCUUUCAUCAUGUCCCCCCAUUGAGCAAAUUGAUGUUGUACAGAAUUCAGCAGAACAAACUGGAGGUGAUGUGUUUACCGACUUUUGUGAAGAUGAUUUCGCUGAUUUUGUAAGUAACGGUCCAGCGGAUGAAAAUUGGGCUACAUUUACUGAUGAGAGAAUCGACAAUGUCGACAGUAAGGUUAGCAAUGCUCCUGAUGUCAUAAACACCGAGAGCUGUGCAGAAGAAGAUAAUGAUAGUGAAGAUUUUGGAGAAUUUACUCAGUGCACACCAAAUGUAGUAGCUGUUCCACCAACUACAGUGGAGAUUCCCAGUGAUUGCAGACUUUCAAAUGAAAGACAAACAUCAACUCCUGGAAUCUUGGAACGGUUACUCUUGAAACUGGAGCCUUCAUUGGAUAAAGCUUUUGGGCAGCAUUUUAUCAAUCCACAUGUCAGCGAAGAUUUAAAAUCUGCACACGGAUCAAUUGAAAUUGGCCAAGAAGCCUGCUCAGGUGAACAGCCAUCAUCAAAAGAAGUUUCACCGUCGUCAACUAGGCUCAAUCAUCGCAUUUGGAAUCGUCUCUGUAGUCCAGAUCGACUGCCUGAAGUACAUCAACAAUGGUGGAAAUCUCCAAUUUUCAUGACAUAUUUAAACGCUAUCGAUGUGAAUGCUCAAAAUGCGAUUCCAGCCUUCGCCAGUCAACUACGUCUACUUGAACCGGUUCGAUUGACUAGUCAUAAUUACUUGAACAAGAAUAAUACACUUACAAAUGGUGGCUGUCAUACUCAGGGAAAUAAUGAGCAACAUUCAGUUUUAUCAGCUAAUAAUAACAGUAACAGUGCGAAGUCAUUCAACUUCAAAGCUGACAAUGAUCAAGUGUACAAGAAUAAUAAUGAUAAUAGUAAUGGUAAAAUAACUGAAUAUCUGGAUUUAGACUUUUUUGAAACACGAAAAAGUCAACAGAAUUCAAGGAGUCCAUUCAACGGAGGUGAACGAAGUGGUGGUGAUGACAGUAAACACUUAAAGUUAUCAGAUUUAGAAGCUGAACUUUCAGCCUAUACUAUUCCUCCACCAACGAACUGUCAACCGCCUCCUCCAUUGGUAGCCGAUUUAAAACUUUUAGAAAUGGGGAAUAAACGUUCCAAACUGAGUGAAUCUGUUCGUUCCACAUUGAAACGUUUACCAAUCAUUAAUUAUAUGCGUUCCAAGCGUCUUAUGUUCCCUGUUCAACAACAGCAGUCGCAACAACAACAACCACAAAACUCUCCACAAUGAUUACGAUGAUGAUGAUGAGGUUGAGGAUACUGAUCCGUCUAUGUUGACCUCUUGUAAUCGGUGUCAGCAAUAUAAUAUAUAUAUACACAUUUUGAACUACAACUACUACCAACAGUACUACUUAAAUUGUUUUAUCAGUAGUAAUAUGUAUUUUAUUUUAAUUUGAUUUAACUUAAUUUUUGACUUCACUUUUUAUCUCUUGUUACUUCAGAUGAUGAUAAUUAAAACAGCAAAUUUUAUGAUCUGUGAUUUUAUUUUUUUAAGUCGGACUAGUAACCAUAGCAACAGUUGCGUAAUAGGCAUGUGAGUAGUAAGUAACCUCAGAUUGUAUUGUAUAAAGUCAAAUAUUCCGAAAAAAAGAGGAAAUUUUUGAGUCUUUUAUUAUUAUUAUUUUCGUUGUUUUACUUGUGGUUCAAUGUUCAUUUUAUCCCUUGCCAACCAACCAGCCCCCACCCCACUGGAGUUGUUUCUUUUAAUUUUAUUUACCCCCAUCCCCCGUCCGUCCCAACACCUCUAUGUUCUUUUAUGUGCUUUUGAAAAAGCAAUAAUGUUUUUUUGAUAAAACAGCUUCAUAGAUAGAUAAAAAAAAAGACUCCAUAUUUGUUCACUUUAUCUUACGAUGAUUAUUAGUCGUAUUUUUAAAAAUUAAAUUUGUUUUUAACUGAUUGUACAAUUGUUUUCUUUCUUUAUUUUACCCUGAUUUCCUCCUCUCUCUGUUUGUCUCUCUGUCUGUUUUUAUUUUUUGUUUGUUUUAUCACUAUGUUGUGAUUGUAUAUUUAUUUUCUUUCGAAAAUUUGACUUGAUACGGCGUCUUCGGCCCCACCCCCUCACAAGCCCAACCUCCUCCCACUCGCUGUUUUUAACCUUUUAACUGGAUUGUCAAAGAGAUGUUCAACCUGUCUUUCUAGAUGGGAUUACUGUUUGCUUAAAAACAACAGUUGUGGAGAUUUCUUGAUCUCUUCCUUUUUCCAGCCCACCCACGCAUCCAUUCAGUCCAGUGACUAAUUGAGUCUAAAAAUGUGCAACAGUUGAAGAGUUGUCACACUUCAUUAUUUGAAUUUUAACUGGAUUUUUUUGUCUGUUUCAACACCUCUCAUCGUUUAUUUCUGUGUUUAUUUAUUCGUGUUUUUAAUGAUCUUUUUUCUUAUAAAUUUGUGUUGGUGUUGUUUUUAUUUUUGUUUUUUCUGAGCUCCUUGAAGAAGUUUUUUUUUAUAUUAUGAAUGAAUUAUGAGUGGUACUCAACAUUCUUUUUGUUUUGUUAUCCUGUUCCUUUUACUGUUCUGUUUUUAUGGCUUAUUAUUAUUAUUAUUAUUAUUUGUUAAAUGUGAACGUUUAAAAAGUCACAUUAUGCGCGUUGAAGUUCAUUUUUGAAGCAAAGUUUAUAUUAUGCAUAUAUCUAUGGUAUUCAAUUAGGUGUGUAUUGUAUUGUAUGAGCACAUGGACACACGCAUACACUCACUCACUCACACACAGAUAUACACAUACACACACACAUCAAAAUAAAGAUUAUUUGUGAGCAAAAUCAUCUUGUUCUUUGUUUUCCCCUUCCUUGCUUUGUUUGUCU